AAUCUUCUCCUUUCCUGGAAAUCUGGGCUUGUCCCUCCACACGGGAUGAAAUGAAAUUCUCCUUUAUCUGGGGGAGGAACAAUAAUCAUAAUGUACUCCGAUCUGCUGCACUCGAUACUUAGACAGUGAUAGCCGAUCAUCCAUGGAGGUGUUCCGUGACAUGACUGGGAUUCAGAUGUAGAAGAACUAAGACUGAGAAAAAAAGAUGGCGGAGAGCUCGAAAACAGCCAUUGAAGAGGAGAUUAAGAAGCUGCACCACCAGCUGUCUGAGUAUGAUGAUCCAUCACUAAGAAAGAUAUACGAGUAUUGCAAAGAUGAUCUUUCCUACAUCCUGGAGAACCUAGGCCCUCAUACUGUCCUGGUAGAACUAGAAUCUCGGAAAGUUUUAAAAACAGAUAAAUACGAGUCAAUGGAAAAAGACCCGUCUUCCUUCUCUCACACCUUAUUACAAGAUAUUGAGAAUGUGGGAAAAAAAGCUGUGAUUGGGCUCUGGGAAUGUCUCUAUACUCUGAAGAAAGAUCAUCCUCAUCCUAAUUUAUUGGCGGUUCUGGAUGAGAUCACACAGACAGGUGAGGGUCUGGUGGCUCAGAUUCUGCUGGAUGAACUCGGACAUUCCCUGUCUCCGGAGCUGAAAGAUAUUCAAGAAAAGCACAAACAACAUCUGAUGGAGAAGACUGAGACUCUAGUGGAGCAUAGACCCCCAGGAACUACCCUGGAAACACAAGAAUUCCUCAUCAAUGAACGUUAUGUGAAGCUGAUUGUAGUCUCCACCGAUCAGUUCAGGCAGCGUCCCCAGAAUGAGAUAAUACAGACUGGGGUAAAACACGAGGAAUGCUUGAAGGAAACACAAACUGGACUGGAACACAUUUCCCCCAACAAGCUGUUCCGGUGGAACCCCCAGUCACAUUGUGUACCACAUGCAGUAAUGGUGAGCGGAGUGCCAGGAAUAGGGAAGACCACACUGAUGCAGAAGUUUGUCUAUGACUGGGUGACCGGAAAACUCUACCAGAGAUUUGCCUUUCUCUUCUUCUUCAGAUUCCGGGACCUUAAUAGACGUGGAGAGGUCAGCUUGGAGGAGAUGAUUCUUCAUCAAUAUCCGUAUCUGGAGAGUCAGAUUGGAGAUAUUUUACAAGAUCCAGAGAGACUUCUGUUUAUAUUUGAUGGAUUAGAUGAAAGUAUUCACCAAAUAGAUUUUAGAUCAAGUAAACUGUCCAAUCCAAAACAGAGAUCACAUUUUGGUGAGAUUGUGGACAGUUUGGUGAGGCAGAUUCUUCUUAAGGGUUGCUCUGUACUGAUGACCAGCCGUCCAACUAGAUUGGCAUCAGUUGAUACCGGUGUUUUCCAGAGAAUAGCUGAGGUCAUGGGAUUUCUGCAUGAAGACAGACUAAUCUUCUUUAAUAAUUUCUUUGGAAAUGAGGAAUUGUCAGAGAAGGCUUUUCAUCAUGUGCAGGAGAAUGACACGCUGUACACCUUCUGUUAUAUCCCAUCAUACUGCUGGAUCAUCUGUACAGUGUUAUCAAUGUGUUUCAGAGCCCAACCAAUCACUGAUCAGCUGAUGACAUCAUUACCCAAAACAGUAACACAACUCUUUGUGACUUUUGUCUCCAACAUUCUGGCCAAUCACAGCCAAAAUAAAGAUGGCGGUCACACUGACCGGGAACUGCUGACCUCUAUUGGGUGGAUGGCAGAACAUGGAGUCAUUAAUCACAUUAUUGUAUUUGAUGAGCGUCAUCUGGAGUCAUUCAGUGUGAGAAAUGAUAAACAUCUCUUUUCAUCUUUCAUGAUGGAAUCUGGUCAGCCUCCUGAUGUGGAUUACACCUUCUUACAUCUCACUCUUCAGGAGUUUUUUGCUGCUUUAGUCCAUUUCAUUGACUAUAAUGCUGACAGAUUACAGGAAACACUUGAUGAGGCUGAAUCUUACAAAGACGGCCGGGCUGAAAUAUUCCUCCGUUUCCUCUGCGGUCUCUCAGACUCUUCUACUAGAUCCAUGUUAAAGUCUCAUGUGGGAGAAUUGUCUACAAAGGCUGCCAGAGAUGUCAUCACCUGGAUCCAGAGGAAAAUACCAGAACAAAUACCUGACGAACCCAUAACAGGCAGCACAGAGCUUCUUAAUGUAUUCUUCUAUCUCUAUGAGAGCAGGAAUAAGGCUCUGGCGUCACAAUAUAUUGGAUCAAACAAAGUAGAUUUCUCUAAUGUCCCCCUCAGCCCUCUGGACUGCUCUGUGCUGUCGUUUAUCCUUAAAUCCUGCAGAGAGACAGAAGAUAUAGAUCUAACUUCAUGUAAAAUUCAGAGUGAAGGAUUGAGGAAAUUUAUACCGGCUCUACACAACAUCAAGAGUUUGAGAUUGUCCGAUAAUAAUCUGACAGACAGUUCCUGCCCCCACCUGGCAUCUGUAAUAAGAAAUAACCAGACACUGAGGAUACUGAUCCUGCCUAGGAACAAUCUGGAGGGUCCUCAAUUCAGGGAUCUGAUGGAAGCUCUGAAAAAAAGCCAGAUAGAGGAAUUACAAUUGUAUGAUAAUCAGCUAACAGACAGUUCCUGCCCCCACCUGGCAUCUGGAAUACAAAAUAACCAGACUCUGAGGACAUUGCACCUGUAUAAGAACAAUCUGGAGGGUCCUCAUUUCAGGGAUCUGAUGGAAGCUCUGACAACAAGCCGGAUAGAGGAAUUACUAUUGUCUGAUAAUCAGCUGACGGACAGUUCCUGCUCCCACCUGGCAUCUGUAAUAAGAAAUAACCAGACACUGAGGACACUGGGCCUGGCUGAUAGCAAUCUGGAGGUUCCUCAUUUCAGGGAUCUGAUGGAAGCUCUGACAACAAGCCGGAUAGAGGCAUUACUAUUGAAUGAUGAUCACCUGACAGACAGUUCCUGCCCCCAUCUGGCAUCUGGAAUAAGAAAUAACCAGACACUGAGGACACUGAACCUGUCCUGGAACAAUCUGGAGGGUCCUCAUUUCAGGGAUCUGAUGGAAGCUCUGACAACAAGCCGGAUAGAGGAAUUACAAUUGGAGAGAAAUUACCUGACAGACAGUUCCUGCCCCCACCUGGCAUCUGGAAUAAGAAAUAACCAGACACUGAGGACACUGAGCCUGUAUAAGAACAAUCUGGAGGGUCCUCAUUUCAGGGAUCUGAUGGAAGCUCUGACCACAAGCCGGAUAGAGGAAUUACAAUUGUCCGAUAAUGGCCUGACCGACAGUUCCUGCCCCCACCUGGCAUCUGGAAUAAGAAAUAACAAGACACUGAGGACACUAAACCUGUCUAGGAACAAUCUGGAGGGUCCUCAUUUCAGGGAUCUGAUGGAAGCUCUGACGACAAGCCGGAUAGAGGAAUUACAAUUGGCUAAUAGUGAACUGACAGACAGUUCCUGCCCCCACCUGGCAUCUGGAAUAAGAAAUAACCAGACACUGAGGACACUGGACCUGUCUGAUAACAAUCUGGAGGGUCCUCAUUUCAGGGAUCUGAUGGAAGCUAUGACAAGCGGGAUAGAGGAAUUACAGAUCAGUGACUACUACUUGUCAAUAGAAACAAAAAAAGAGCUAAAAAAGCUGGAAAAGCUCCGACCAGAACUGAAGAUUAGUACAUGAUGUGACCCCGGAGGAAGAGACUCCGCUACAGCUGUGAAAAGGAGGGGGGAGGGGACAUUGCUGUGAA